AUGACACAGACCACAUCGAUUACCGGCCCAGGACUUGAUAACGCUUCAAUCGACCCGCACGCGGUCACGAUCUCUGGGAUCGUGCUCAAUCCGAGCUAUACCCCUGAGAAUCUGCCGGUUUCGCUCCAGAACUUUGAACGCGAUAUCAACAAUCCUGGCGAGUUUCCCUACACGCGUGGAUUGUUCCCGCAGGGGUACCUGACUCGUCUGUGGACGAUGCGUCAGUUCGCAGGGUUUGGUUCAGCGGACGACACUAACCAGCGAUUCAAGUACCUGCUCGAAGCCGCGAAGACUUCGACGAAGGCGAACACCGGUCUUUCGACCGCGUUUGACCUCCCCACUUUGAUGGGACGCGACUCGGACGACAUGCUGUCGAUCGGUGAGGUCGGCAAGUGCGGCGUCGCGAUCGACACGAUCGAGGACAUGCAUCGCUUGUACGCGGACAUCCCGAUCGAUCAGGUGACGGUCUCGCAAACGAUCAACGGCCCCGCGUGUGUGAUCUGGGCGAUGUACCUCGCGAUGGCGAAGCAACGCAAUAUCGGAUGGGACACGCUCGGCGGGACGCUCCAGAACGACAUCCUCAAAGAGUUCCACGCUCAAAACGAGUUUAUCUAUCCGCCCGAGGCAUCGACCAAGCUGGUCGUGGACACGAUCGAGUUCCAGUCGCAGCAUCUCCCGAAGUGGAACAGUGUUUCGAUCUCGGGGUAUCACAUCCGCGAAGCGGGAUCGUCGGCACCUCAGGAGCUCGCGUUUACGCUGCGGGAUGGGAUGGAGUAUGUCGAGGCAUGUCUGCUUCGCGGGAUGGACAUCGAUCAGUUUGCGCCGCGUCUGUCGUUCUUCUUCAAUGCUCACAACGAGUUCUUUGAGGAGAUCUGCAAACUCCGCGCCGCUCGUCGGAUCUGGGCGCGGAUGAUGCGGGAUCGCUAUGGCGCCAAGAACAAACGGUCUUGGUUCAUGAAGACCCACGUCCAGACGGCGGGGUGCUCGCUCACUGAGCAGCAGCCGCUCAACAACAUUGUCCGCGUCGCGUACCAAGCGAUGGCUGGGGUGCUUGGCGGGUGUCAAUCGCUGCACACCGAUUCGAUGGAUGAGACGCUUGGGCUCCCGACAGAACAAGCCGUGACUGUCGCGCUGCGCACGCAGCAGAUCCUCGCGCACGAGACUGGGGUCACGCGUACCGUCGAUCCGCUGGGCGGUUCGUACUUCAUCGAGGAGCUCACGGACAAGAUCGAAGCGGAGGCGCUCGCGUACAUCGAGGAGAUCGACAACAUGGGCCGCGGCCCUUGGAAACCUGAGCACGCGACGACCUCGAAUAUCGAUGAGGGCGGCGCGGUCAACGGGAUUCACAAGGGAUACUUCCGCCGUCAGAUCGCCGAGGCGAGUUACCGGUUUAGCGAGGAGUGCGAAGCCGGGGAUCGGAUCAUCGUUGGGGUCAACCAGUACACGGACGACAACGAGGAGCGUCCGAUCGACAUCCUCACGAUCUCGGAGGAGGUCGAACGCGUCCAGAACGAACGACUCGCGGAGUUCAAGUCACGGCGUGACGACGCGGCGGUCGAAGCCGCCCUCGAAACCAUCCGCGAGGAUGCGCGUGCGAACAAGAAUGUGAUGCCGGCUCUGGUUGAGGGGGCACUCGCAAACUGCACGCUCGGCGAGAUGGUGCAGGCGAUGGCGGAUAUUUAUGGGCGGUAUACUGGCGGGCCUGAGUGGUAA